AAUUAUGAAAAAAUUGUACAAUUAUAUCUUUUAAACGUUUUACCAAAUCUUAAAGAAUGGGAAAAAGCAAAUUCGUUUCUUAACAAGAAUACUAUUAUUGAUAAAGAACAAAAAAUUUCUAAUGGUCACUUUGGUCAUUACAUUAAUGAUAAUGGAAAUAGAUUUUUCUAUCAUAGAAUGGAUUAUGAACAUAAACAAUCAUUAUUAUCAUCAUCUGAUAAUAAGAAUAAAAAAUUAAGAGGAAUUCAUAAUAUUCCAAGACAAUUAAUUAAUAAUCGAUUCUUUAUGUCACCUACUGAAUCAAGAACAUCAAUCCUGGGUGCAUCAUCAAAUAUAUCAAUUCCAAAGAUUAUUCCAUUUUUCAUUUUCAUUAUUUUAUUAACUUCUGGAUGGAAUAAGAAUUUUAAAUCAAGUUUACGAGGAUUUAUGAUUAAUGGAUUUGCUAAAUUUUGGGAGACGAUAAAAGCUGGAACCACAUUGACCAAUGUUUAA